AUGGCUGGUUUCGCUGCCACCGUUUCGGUGGCGCUAGUCAUCCUGUACUCCGGUUUCUCCUACGGACAGAAGAAUUCAGCGAAUGCUGCAGAAAAUGUUGCACAGGCUGAAACUUGCGACGAAGCAAAGAUCUCGGGUAAUGGGGUUUCCGUGAACCUUCUGACCAAUCAAGUCUCCAUUACGUUCAAGUGUGGCGCCGACGCCGUACUGGAGCCAGAUGCGCAGCAAAAGAAAUUUUGUGUGGAGUCGGACUGCAUAAAUCAAGAGCCAGUGACUGCUAUUUUAUCUGGAGCUGAUUUCGGUGAGAUUGAAGCCGUGACGAAAGAUCCAGCCAAAGAGAAAACGUACCAACUGACACUGCCGGAGCACGGACGCCCAGGCAAGACCAUCUACUACCAGUGUAAAUUCACAAGCAGAGACGUGCAGGGAGCCGCAACGAGAGAUGCGGCGAGGCAAGGUGGAGCCGGAGGAGCAGGAGUUCCAGGAGGUGUACCCGGCAGUGGACUGGGGGAAGGUCACGAUGGAGAAGAGCAGGGGGACCAAGUCAUAGGCGGCCCCCAGCCCUUACCGCAGGUUGAGAAGUCGUGCCUGGUCACAAUAAAAAUCGAGCAGACUUCUCUGCCGGAGCCGGAAAAACCUGGCGAGCCGGUAAAGCCCACCGUUACACCGGAGGGCCUGGAGCAAGUCACUGAAUGCGACUCCGCCUUCGUCGCUGCGGAACUAUCGGCAGACAAGUCUCUAAAAUUCCGAUGCCCAAAUGACCAGAAGUUGUUACCGACCUCGUCAGUCAACGUUUAUGACGACAGCGAUGGGCAGUGUUCCAAGGAAGUUCAGCUUUCGUCCCUCGUGAAAGCCGCACUGAAACCGGCGAAUCCCUCGUCCGAGGAGGAAGGGAGGAAGACGAUUUACAAACUAACCCUUGAAAGCCCUCCCAUUCAUGACGCGGCUCUAUGCUACAAGUGCGUAAGUUCUGAGGCCAAUUCCAAGCCGUCGCCGUCAACGCCCGUGUCUAUGAGGACAGCAGCAGCGGAGGUGAAGGAAUGCUCGCUGAAAGUGGUCGUGAAGGGAACAUACCGACCAGCAUCCUCUGCGAUACAUACGUGGGCAUCCUUCUCGAUUUUUGCGGCAUACGCGAUAAUCCCUUCGGUGUACGCGAUGAUGUAG